AUACCCCUUUUCGCUGUCCAUGGUCGAAAUGGUAUAAAAGAGUAAGAAUUUGCAGAAAUCAGUUGUAUUAUUUCGUUUAGCCAUGAAAUACUUCGUUAUUUUUGCUCUCUGCGUAGCUGCUGCUGCUGCUUCCGCCAUUCCUGAAGAGGAACGCGUCAACGGUGAAAACGGUUGGUAUGUUCCCCAGGCUGAUGGCUCUUUUGAAUGGGUCGAUCUUGAUGAAGCCGAAGACUACUUGAACCAAGCUGAACAAUUGGAAGGCCGUUUGACCACCAAUCCCGUUACCUUCUUGUUGUACACCAAAUCCAACCCCAGCGAUGGUGUUGAAAUCACCACCACCACCAAAUCCAUCAACGCUUCUCCCUUCAAUGCCAAGCACCCCACCAGAAUCACCAUCCACGGCUGGACUUCCAGCAAGGAUGACUACGUCAACUAUGGUAUCCGUGGUGCUUUCUUGGGCAAGGGUGACUACAACAUGAUCACCGUUGAUUGGGGUCGUGCUCGUUCCGUUGAUUAUGCCUCCUCCGUUUUGGCUGUUCCCGGUGUUGGCCAGAAGGUCGCCAAAUUGGUUGAUUUCUUGGUUAAGAACUACGGCAUGAAAUUGGCUGAUUUGGAAAUCAUUGGUCACAGCUUGGGUGCCCAUGUUGCUGGUUUCACCGGUAAGAACAUCGCCAGUGGUCAAGCUCACACCAUCAUCGGUUUGGACCCUGCCCUCCCCUUGUACAGCUACGAUAAGCCCGACAAGCGUUUGUCCAGCACUGAUGCUUACUAUGUUGAAUCUAUCCAAACUGACGGUGGUAAAUUGGGCUUCUUGAAACCCAUCGGUAAGGGUGCUUUCUACCCCAACGGCGGCAAAUCUCAACCUGGUUGCGGUGUUGAUGUUACCGGUAGCUGCGCUCACAGCCGUUCCGUUAUCUACUACGUUGAAGCUGUCCAAAAGGACGAUUUCGCCACCAUGAAGUGCCAGAACUACGAAGAUGCCGUCGCCAAGAGCUGUGGCUCUACCUAUAGCUCCGUUCGCAUGGGUGCUGAUACCAACGCUUACAUGGUUGCCGGUGAUUUCUAUGUUCCCGUCAACAAGGAAGCUCCCUACGGUAAAUUGGCUUAAAUUUGCUUUAGCAUAAGUAGCAGAAUUUUGAAAUUAAAUACAAUUUGAAAAUAUAUAAA